AUGGCGCCAAAAAGCCGCUCGAAGAACAAUAUGGGACGAACAACAAGCCAGAAGAGAUUGCCAAAGACUGCAACAAACGUUAGCAUUGCGGACAAGAAGCAGAACGACUUGAACUUUUUGGAGGAGGUCGCAAGCGAUUGUUACCUGAAGUGCGGCUCGCACAUCGCGGGCAGGGCGACCGUGCUUGCCUUCGAGCGGCUUGCAGCGCUGUUGAGCGCAUCUGUGAGGCCAACGAAGGCUUUUUCAGCUUGCUCCAGGCAUUUGUGCUCAAGUCCACGGAACUUAGUCAUGGCAGCCAAGAAGAAAGUUUUGCCUGAAGAGUAUGACCUCACAUUGGAGCCAGAUCUCGAGCAGUUCACAUUCGAUGGUAUUGUCAAAAUCACUUGCGACGUCCAUGUGGCGACUGACUCUGUGAGCGUGCAUGCCAUGGAUCUUGUUCUGUCACAAGCUGUUUUCAAGCCUCAUGGCUCCAGCACCGUCAUCAAAGCAGAUGAGAUUUCAACAAAGGCCAAGAUGAAGACGGCGACAUUGGGAUUUGAUGAAGUCCUUCCCGUUGGCAAGGGUGUGCUGGAAAUCAAGUUUCGGGGCAUCUUGAACGACCAAAUGGCCGGCUUCUACCGCUCACAGUAUACAGACUCUUGUGGCAAGAAGCGCUUCAUGGCCACAACUCAGUUUGAAGCUAUUGAUGCACGACGUUGUUUCCCUUGCUGGGACGAGCCAGCAAGGAAAGCCACAUUUGUGGUCACACUCAUCUACCCGGCCAAUCUCACAGCCAUUUCAAACAUGCCUCCAAGCCGUUCUGAAGUUCAGGCAGAUGGAAAGCGAAGGGAAACGUUCAUGCCAACCCCAAGAAUGAGCACCUACCUGCUUGCUUUUUGCAUUGGUGAGUUCGAGUUCAUCAGUGCCAGCACGAAGGGAGGAGUGCUAGCACGUAUUUUCGCAUGUCCCGGCAAUGCUUCUCGCUGUAGUUUUGCACUGGACUGUUGCAUACGUGCUCUGGAGUUCUACAAUGAUUUCUUUGGUAUCCCAUACCCUUUGCCAAAAAUGGACAUGAUUGCAAUUCCGGAUUUUGCGGCUGGUGCUAUGGAGAACUGGGGAUUGGUCACAUACCGAGAAGUUGCAUUGCUUUGCGAUGAAUCAACUGUGUCCGCAACACAGAAACAGCGAAUAUGCACGGUCAUCGCCCAUGAGCUGGCACACCAGUGGUUCGGCAACUUGGUGACCAUGGAAUGGUGGGAAGAUCUUUGGCUGAAUGAGGGCUUUGCGAAUUGGAUGCAGACGUUCGCUUCAGACAAGCUUUUCCCUGAUUGGCACAUAUGGGAGUCGUAUGUUGGGACGGAGCAGCAAAGAGCUCUGCAGCUUGAUGCUCUACGCAGCAGCCACCCGAUACAGGUACCGAUCGGGCACGCGGAAGAAGUAGAGGAGGUCUUCGACGCAAUUUCUUACUGCAAGGGAGGAUCUGUGGUGCGCAUGAUCUACUCGGUGCUUGGCGAAGCGCACUUCCAAGAGGGGUUGCGGUUGUACUUCGACAGGCACAAGUAUGGCAACACAGUCACCACUGAUUUGUGGAAUGCUUGGAAGGAGGUUUCUGGCAAGCCUAUCGACAAGAUGAUGAGCUCAUGGACACAGAAGAUGGGCUUUCCACUGCUGGAGGUCUUGAACGAUCCACUGGCUGACUCUACUGGCCAUGUGGAGAUUAGACAGAAAUGGUUCUUGGCAGAUGGCUCCUUUGAGCCCUCGGAUGACGACAAGACGUGGUUUUGCCCCGUGAUCGUCGGCACGGACAAAGGCACCUCACCUGCUGGCUUUCUGGAGGAGAAGAGCGGGAAGAUCGCAUGCGCGAGUUGCCUUCCAGGUGCAUCCAUGAUCAAGGUGAAUUUUGGACAGCACGUUCCUGUGCGGGUGCUGUAUCCCGAAGCUGUGUUUAAGCGACUGGUUCAGAACCUGAGAAGUGUGCCUCCAGAAGACAAGAUUGGCUUGUUGUCCGAUACAUUCGCGAUGAGCAAAUCUGGAGUUUUGGAUGCAAGUUUCUUGGUGGACCUUCUGGCUGGCUUCAAGUCAGAACUGAACGACAAAGUGUGGUCCGAGAUUUCUGCAGUUCUCGGAGGUCUGGAGAAGGUGGUGUGCCAGGGUCUGGCAGACGACACGGCGCAAGCUUUCAAGGAGUUCUGCAGCAAGCUCGUAGUUCCAGCAUUCACUCACGUGGGAUGGGAGACGGGAAGCGCAGACAGCGACAACCGCAAGAAGCUGCGCAGCACGGUGUUGGCGGCGGUCUCGAAGUACUGCUCACAGGAUCCAACGAUUUCCGCCGAGGCGGUGCGGCGGUGCAAGGAGUUUGCAGCAUCGCCCAAUGAUCCCACGGUGCUUUCUGCAGACAUCCGUUCUGCAGUUUUUGAUGUAGCACUGCAGAGUGACCACGCCGCGCUCGCAUUCGAUGAGCUUGUUCGCGCCCACGAAGUCGUGACAGAUGGAGCAGUAAAGAUCCACAUCUACGGCGCUUUGGGCAAAGCCGGCGGAUUUGCACUCCAGCAGAAAGCACUGGACUUUUGCCUCAGCGGUGCGGUUCGGUCUCAAGACCUUAUCUACAUUCCAAUGGCCAUGGCCACAAGUGGCAAGACUGGUGCGGACACAGUUUUCUCCUGGAUGCAGAGUGAGUACAGCCGCAUUUAUGAUAUGAUUGGUGCGACUUCGAUGAUGCUCUUCCAGAAUAUGGUGCGGGUGUCCGGAGCAGGGUUUGUCACGGAAAGCAAGGCCGAGGAGGUGGCUGCAUUCUGGAAAAGCCGCGACCUGUACAAGAACAUAGAGAAAGCUUUGGCACAGACGGUCGAAGGGAUCAAGUCCAACUCAAAGUUUGUGGACAGGUCUGGGACCAGAAGUUGUGAAGAAGUGCGAGUAGUUAAGGGGAUCGAAGGCAGCCCUGGCUUCAACCUGGAAAUCUGCAAUGGCCAACAGCAACUUGUGAAGCUAGCCAAAGGUGUGGAGACAAUGCUUUCCUUUCUGCGACACUUGCCGCAAGCCCAUGUGGCCCCAAAUACAUCGGAAGCAGUGAAUGCAGCCGCUGCUGCGAUGUUUCAACGGGCAGCGUGCUGGCUCAAUGACGUUGACGAGGUGGACUUCGACCAGCUUCAGCACGUGCUGUAUCUGGCCUUCUGGCUGGGCGCAGAGGAUGAGGACGUUGCCCUCUCCGCAUUGGAUGCCAUCGAAAGGUUUACGCUGUAUAGGAGUGAGAAUGGCGCCACACUUCUCCAGUCAGAUGUCCUGCAGGUGCUGCACCGUAUCAUUGGCCACAACCGAGCGCCGGAGCUUGUCUCUGAGGCAUUCACACUUCUCUACAGACUCUGCGAUGCCCCGGCUCCCGCGGUAGUACCGUUGAUGACAGAGGAAAGUGGCCUGGUGCGGACAGUAGUGGAGUCAAUGUUGCAGGCUCCGUUGAAUAUGCGGUUACAGCUCGCGGGAGUCAGGCUCCUGGCCUUGUGGGCACAGUUCGAUGUGGCUGAGGAUCCCGAAGCCGAAGGGGCGAUGUCGGAUCAGAAGGACUUAAAGCAGUUUGUGCGCGAGGCCAACGCCGCGGAAGUUGCCAAGGAGGUGGCAGCGAACCUGACCCGGGCUGGGCUUACCCACGCUGCUUCAUGGAUGUCAGCUAUCUCUUCUCGCCUGCCUAAGCGAGUGCAGGGAAGCAAGGGGUCAAAGGAGCAACGGGAACCAAAGGCAAGCAAAGGUUCCAAAGAUGAGCAUGGUCCUCGUUCGGCCAGCAAAGCAAGUGGCUCCUCGCGAGCGAAGUCGAAGUGA